AUGGAGACGCUCGACACAGAUGCUCUGCGGUCGGUGUUGAGGUCGCUCUGUGAUCGCCAUCCCGAGAUAGCCUCUGAGGUCAUGCACACUGCCCCCCGGCCCAGCGUCAGCGCCGCCCUCCAAGUCCUUAACAACUACCAGUCCACUCUACAGUCCUCUUUCCCGCUGGGCGGGAACCCUUCCUCCGACUAUGCAUAUAAUCGAGUCCGCCAGCAUCUUACCAACCUCCUUGAAGCUCUGAACGACUUUACACCCCAUUUUCUCCCGCCAAAUGAAUCGCAACCAUCAACGUCACUAAGUUACCUAGACGGUGCUACAGAUAUCAUACAUCAACUUCCACGGUGGACGACGCCACAACACAAUCUUGAGAAGUAUGCAGCGUAUGAAGAGAUGAGCAAAGCAUGGUGUCUAGUAAUCAGGGAAGCAGCAAAGCGUGGAGGCGGUAUCCAACUGCAGUACGGAGGCUGGGAUCAAAAGCUUGCAAAGCACAACGAGACCGCCGGAGGAAAACUUCAGGACGCCGUGAAUGAAUUGAACCAGAGCCUUGGCUGGAUCGGUGGCAACGUGGGCAACCCGUGCAAUUCCAACGCCGGCAGCUCUCAAGGCGACAUGUCGUCAAUACGUCAACAGCUCAUGUCAGGCACUUACGGAGCUGGCCUGCCGUUGAAGGUCGGGCCAUGGUAA